AUGUAUUUCCAACACCCAUACACCACUGGUGUAAACACCUGCAUAAAACCAAAUACAGAUCCAAACACGAUUCAAAAAGAUACUAGAAACGGGAACAAUCAUUCCAACUACUAUCCCACAGCAAAAAGGCCAAUGGAUUCGGUAUCGAGACCUCUUGCAAGGCUGACUACAGGAUCGCCCAUUCCUGGUUCAAAUAGGGGCGAAUUAUCCGCCAAAGACAAAAGAUACUACCAACAAGUGGAAAGAGCAUUAGCUUCAUUUGAUUCUCUUGAAGAAUGGGCAGAUUAUAUUGCCUUUUUAUCUCGACUUCAGAAAUCUUUACAAUUGAAUGAAGGUGCAGCUUCCUUUGUACCCUUUGCAGGUCAGGUAGCCCACAAGCUCGCAUUGUGCUUGGCGGCAAAGCUUCCUAAUGGUGUUCAUCAAAAGACGCUUAGUCUCUAUGACUCUAUAUUCUCUGCAGUUUCAUCUGAAACAUUGGACUCACAAAUAUCAUUGUGGCUUCCUGGAAUUCUUCCCCUUUUUUCAUAUUGUUCUAUUCAGAUAAAACCAAUCUUGAUUCAAAUAUUUCAACAUCAUAUCUUGACGAAAGUGAGUGCUAAAACACUUCAACAAGUUACAAAACCUUUGAUUUUGAGUUUUUUACCUGGUCUAGAUGAUGAAAACUCGGAAACCUUCACUGAGUUCAUGUUACUUAUGGAUACAUUAAAGAAGAAAACUGCCAAUGACAAUCAUUUCUGGCAAUCGUUUUUCCUCUGCGUUAUCAGUAACCCUGAAAAGAGGCUUGGAGCUCUUUUUUGGUGUAAUAGAAGACUCCCCUUAUUCUCCAGUAUUAAGACAGAAACUUCACUGGGAGCCACCCCAUUGUUCUCUGAAGAGGCUCAGGCAUGUAUUUCACCUGAACCAGGUCUACUUAUUAGAGCUUUUGCUACCUCUAUAUCAUCUACAACGUCAAUGGUUUCGGCAAAUGACAUUAUUGUGGUGAGAGGCUUUUUCGAUCUUCUCUUAACUCAUUUGCCACUUGAUUGUGAAGUGUUGACCCAAGUAGCCUCUGAACGUGAUAGAGAGCUACUCAUGCUGUCAUGUUGCUCAAUUACUUUAAAGAAGGAUAUGAGUCUUAAUAGAAGACUUUGGAACUGGUUAUUGGGUCCAGAUACUGAAGUGUCAAUAAAUGAAACAAAAAAAACUGGCGAUUCAGAAAGACUUACUCGUUCUGAGUAUUUACAAAAUUAUGGAUUAGAAACUUUAAGUACAAUUCUUUUAAAUUCUAUCAACGAUCGUCAAGUCAGUAAGGAAAAACGUGUCAAUGCGUUCAAAAUAUCACUCUUUUUGAUUAUGGAUAAAUGGGAAAUUAGUCAUUUAGUUACACCAUCGAUAUUUUUACCCAUAAUGCGAGCAACUUACCACAGUCUGGGAGAAGGGAGAGAUAGUAAUGAUAUUUUGUUGGCUGCUCAAUCAUUUUUUGAUUCUGUUGAAGCAGCAUACAUAUGGAGCGACUUGAACCUGUUAAUCAUGAAUAAUAAGAGUAAAGAUUUAGAUUUGGUAGAGUUUGUGGUUAACAACUUUGAUCUUAAUGAAGAGGAAAUGCUAACAGUACAUAUUCCCUUAGCAAUUACAGUAUUGUUGACUAAUACUAAAGAAGUUGGACCAAGUUGGAUUUUAAUCCUUGACACGUUACUGCGUCUUGUGUCACCUAGGGCAUUUAAUGUAACAAACGAAGUUAUUAAAGAGAACGAUAGUUUUUCAGUGCCUAAUGAUAUCAACCAAGUGAUUAAGCAUUAUUAUUCCACUUUGAUUGAAAACAGUGAUAAAACAUCUGUUGAUUUAUUCCCAUGGAAUACGUCAAAAUUAACUUUUAUUACUGUCACAUUAUUAAAAUCCCUUGUCGUUGACAAUAUAAGUAACCAUGAUAAGCAAAAAUCAACUAAAUUAUGCGAUUUACUUUGCCAACUUUCGUUGGUCAUUUCUACAAACGAGUCGAAUACCAAUUGGGUAGGUGAUGAUCUAAUUGAAGUUAUGACAAGUCAAUCGAUUUCUACCCCCGAAGAUGACGAGUUCCAACAACAACAGAAUUUACUUACUACAUUCAACCUUACUAAACUCUUGAAUUCUAUGGAAAAGUCUUUAACUCCAAUUGUAAAGGACAAGAUGCUUCGUAUCAUUAUCUCUAAUUUGUUUGUGGCACUCACGUCAUCAUAUCCAGCAAACUACCAAGUUGAGAGUGUCAAAUGUAUCUUUGAUUUGGAUCGAAGCUUUCUGACAUAUCAAAUUGAAGCGGGUCUUGUUAAACUUUUUUCCCAAGCAAGUCUGAUAGAAAUUGUUAGGGCUAUAUCCAUUUUAUGGACACAUUCAAACCAAUUCACUGAUUCUGAUGCCUUUAUUUCUAGACCACUUCAACUAGUCUUGGACAAUUUAUUCGAAGAGGAAGAAGAAAGCUAUGCGGAAACUGCAAAUUUCAUUGGAAAUAUUCUUAAAGGUGGUUCAGCCAACAGAUUAUUGAAAUUAUUAACAAACCCCUUGUUGGAAUUUGAAUUUGUGAACUAUGAAAUAACUGCGCUAACUUCAGAAGAUGACUUGGGACAAUUCGCAUAUUACUUACUGUCAAUUGUUAAUGUCAUUAAAACUGAUGUAAAGCAUUGGAAAGAGAGUUUUAAUAAUGAACUAGCAGUAAUGGAUAACACUAACAAAUUGAAAGUCGUUAACUCGAACUCUUGGGACAUAUCUUCCUACAAGUCACUUUUGAUUCAUAUUAUCAAGAAGUUUCUUAAAUUGAAAGUUGAUAAGAGUAUCCUUGACCAUGAUACAUCAGAUUCUCUCAACAACUACUAUAAAUGUAUUACCAAAAGUUUAGAAAUACUCUCAAUGCUUGUCAGUGGCAACGAGAUUGAUUUUCCUGAUAACUUCAAUUUACUACUUGAAGCAGGAAGUCAAUUUAAAUCCUUGAAUAGCAAUACUCCUCGUGCCAUAGAGCUAGUAGAAAUCAAGUAUUUGAAAUGUAUUAAGCAUUUUUUGAAAAUUUCCCAAGAUUUGAAAAUCAACUUGAACUUAUUACAUAUUGAAGAUGAGGCAAAAGAUCCCCCUUUAAUUGGGUUCAUUGUCAAAGGGAUUGAAAGGGCCCAAUCUACUGUCUUAUUAGAGAGCUGGACUUCGUUGCUUACAAAAUCGACAUACCUUUUCAAUGAAGCUAUAUUUAGCGUUUUGUUGACUCUCAGUGAUUCAUUAGUCACAAAGAUCAACUCUAUUUUCAAGAAAAUCUCUAAUCAAGGUAAAUUUACCAAUUUGACAGAUGCUGAAGCAUCCAUUAAUGUACUCAUGUCAGGAUUGGAGGAUUUAUUAUGUAUUAGCCAUGGUUACCUUUUGUCAUCAAACAUGAGAGCUCGCAAUGAGAGCAAUGGAAAUGCAAAUGAAUCUGGUUUCUUCGGGAAUGUCAUCCAGGGUGUGUUUCUGAUCGAAUCUCCAUCCAUAAGAACCACAGAAGAGAAUAAAAGAUAUUCUAUUCUUUUAGCAUUCCAUGAUGCGGUAAGAACAUCAUUCCUGAUUUGGCUUUGGGCUGAUUCUAAGCCAGUAUUAGAAACAAAAGAUGAUUCGUUUCAAUUUGCAUCUGAGAAGUCUUUGGCGUACCUCUCUAGAAAGUUAAAGUUUAAAGCUAGAAAACAUUUAGAGUCAUUGGUCGAAUUAGAAAGACAAGAAGUUAUUGAAACCUUAAUUAGUUUUGGCCAUGAUUCUAAAGCCACUACAAAAUUAUUGCAUGUAUUGGAUGGUGGUAGAUCCCAAGUGACCUUGCCAAAUAUCUUAAACUCAAUUUUAACAAGAUGUUAUCCUCAAGGGUUGGAUGAUAAGAACAAAUCAUCCAUGAAUACUGAUGUGUCUGCAAAGGAAUUAGCAAAGUUUUUGGCGGCUUACAUGGAAUCUGUUGACGAUGACACAGUGUCUGACAUAUGGAACUUUACAGUGCUGUUCUUCAAAGACGUCAAUGCUCAUCCCGCGAAUUUCAAAAGUAUAUUUCCAGAAUUGUUAAAAACUAUUACAAUUUUGUCUCUUAAACUUAGUGCAACCAAGUUUGGAGAACAAGGAAGACACAAGAAAGACCUCGGUGACAUAUUUUCAAAGUUAUUAAUAUUGUCUUUGAACUCAAAAAUUUCAGGAAACAUAAUUACAGAUAAUGAAAUUGACGAAAAGGAUAAUUCAUUGCAAAUGCCACAAGAAGAAAUUCCGGUAGAAAGAGCGUUUGCCACACAAGGUGAAUUACUUGGAACUCUUACUAUAAUCCUUGAAAGAUUGGAUGAUAUGGUUGGAGAUGAUGAUAAAGUGUCGUCUUGUAUUAAUACAAUCAUUGGCAAUUUGGUAUCGCCUCAGAUAAGAUCGCUGAAAAUUAAUGAGAUACCAAUCCAAACAAUAUCUUUAAUUUCAUUGAUUGGGAAUAAGCACCCCAAUAAAAUUUGGAAAUCGGCAGUACAAGAUUGUUUUUUUGACAACUCAUUUUUCUUGGCCAGUUUUGACAAGAUCAAACAAUGGGAAAAUAUUAUCCAGAAAUGGAUCACAGUAGACAAAGAUAGAAUUUUAGAAUUGAUAUCUAAAGUAACUUCUGGUUCUACCUCAAGUACGAGUAAUAUAUUCAACUGGAACGAAAAUUCAGAGCUGGAUAAUAAAGUUUGCAAUUUGAAGAGAAUCUCCUUUUUGAUCCAAGUACAACCAAAGGAUUACUUUUUGAAUCCAUUACAAGAAUUAUUUGAUCGUCUUGAUAUGUCAUUAGGAUCUGCUUGUCCAGCAACAUUCAAAGCUGAAAUUCUAAUUCUAUUGAGGGUUAUUACGUUGAAAUUUAGUGAAUUACACCUACUACCACAUUGGACAAUGAUAAGUCAAGAGAUUAGAUCAGUAUUUGAGUUCAUUGAACAAAAGAACAACAAAGAACUUACCAGUUUAACCAAACAAGAAUUAAGAUUAAUCUUACAAAGUUGUAAAUUAUUAGACCAAUUAUUACUUUUGAAGUACGACGAGUUUAACCUUAGUGAAUGGCUUUUUGUUUCAAGUAGUCCUGACUUAGUAGUCGACGGUGUUAAACCGUCAGCGAUCUCACUCGUUGACAAAAUUGCAACUGAAAAGGAUUUAUCGUUUUCCAAGGAACCCGCGGUGCGUAUUGAACACCCCGGUGGUGAUUCAAAACCUUUACUAGAGGGUGUGUCCGAAAUCAAGUCUUUAGCGGCUUUAAGAUUAUUUUUCAGCUCACUCUCACUUUUACACUAUGAAAGAACAUACGGGCUUGAUAAGAUUAAUUAUUCCGCGUGUCAAGACGAUAUAUUACGCGAUAUUGUUGCUCAUAUCGGCAAAUAA